UCUGGUGGCGAUGCCGAUUGUCGUCGAGAGGUUCGUGGACUGGACGGUGUCGUGGCUGCCGAUGUACGGAGAGGCGAAGCUGCUGCUCGUCAUCUACCUCUGGCACCCCAGCACACGGGGUGCGGGGCACGUGUACGGUAGCUUCCUCCAUCCGCUGGUGGCGUGGCACGAGGCCGACGUCGACCGGGGCCUGCUUGAGCUGAGGGCUAGGGCGAGGGACGUGACGGCGUCACAACUCAAGGCGGCGGCUGCCAUCGGUCAAGUGUGGCUCGUCGAGGCUGCCCGCUGUGUUUCGUCGCAGCUGCAGGCCGCGAGAUCAUGCCGGGAAGGCGCCACGCAUUGAUGAGUGAGCCAAUUUUUGGAUCGGACCAUAAC